CCCAAACGGAGAGGGAGUGUGACGGGGGCGCGCGCCUCCCAACUUUCUUCCCACCUCCCGGCUCUCACCGCGGCGGUUUGAGGUGCAAGCCUGUAAUUCUCACGUCCGGAGGUGGGAAGGAGCCUUCGUGAUCUAAGCUCGACUCCUGCCGGGGUAGCAACCGGACUGACGUCUGGAGGCGGGGAGGCUCCGCGUGACAGAGUGAUACGCCCGGGGCGUGUGUUCUGCGGUCCGCGCGGCUGGGCUGGAGGCCCGAGAUAGGCAAACCAAAGAGCACAACCUACUGCCAGCCUGGAUGGGGCGCCAAAGUCCGACCCAGGGGGACACACCCCAGGCUGGGGGCGGAGGCACCCACAGAUGGAUGACCGGCUGGAAGGAGAUUAGGUAGCAGAGUCCGUCCAUUUAUUCAUUUAGCAAGUAUUGAGCACCUGCUAUGUGCCAGGGGUUGUGGACAAAGCGAGGAAUUCCUGACAAGAAAAACUAUGUUAAGAGAGGAGGCAGGGUGAGAGCACCCUUCAAACAAUCAAACACCUGUAUAAACACAAACUGCUCUUCAGGGAGGAGCAGGGGUUUUGGGAGAAUUUACAGAAGCUUCUAGGCUGGUGUUGGGAAUCACAGGAGGCUAACUAGGCAAAGGGGAGAGGAAGUGUGUUUCAGAUGGAGAGAUCAGCAUGUAUAUAAGAACUCUGUGGAAGGCAGCAGAGCUCCUUUGAGGGAUGAAAAGAAACCCAGAAAGGGGGGAAUGGAAAGUUAGUGCUUAAUAGGUAUAGAAUUUCAGCUGGAGAAGAUGAAACAGUUCUGGAAAUGGAUAGUAGUGAUGAUCGCACAACAAUGUGAAUGUACCAAACGCCACAGAUCUGCACACUUAAAAAUGGUUAUGUACAUUUUACCACAAAAAGAAAAGAAACUCAGAGUUUAGAGAAUAAAGGAGUGGAGUGAGAUCCACUAGAGCGAAUAGAAGGGGCUGGACCAUGUAGGAUUUUAUGGGCCAUAGUGGCAAGUUUAGGACCAUAGAACACUGAUCAAAAUUGCAUUUUUUAAAACUCACUUUGGCUGCUAAAGUGCAGAUCAAAAUGGAGAAAUCUCAACAGAGCUAUGGUGGGACUGGCCUGGGAGCCAGUGCAGUCAUCUGGGCAAGAGAGAAUAGAGCUGGAGUGUGGACUAGGGUGAGAGUGAAGAAAAAGAGAUCUAAGAAGGCUGCAGAAAAAUGUAGGAGCAAAAUCAAUAGGACUUGGUGAUGAGUUGGAUGUGAAGGGGUGAUGAAGCAGCUUCAAGGAUGAUGCCACUGUUCAGCCUUGGAUAAAUGGAUGGUGGAGGGAUUCACAGAUACGGAGAACACUGGAAGAGGAGGCGGGAGCAUCCAAUCAACGUCGAGAGCCUAGGCCCCACCUAUCGUGGGUCGAGUCGCUUGGCGGUCGUGGUUCCGGAGGUUCCUCGGGAUGUCGGUGGCCUUCGUACCGGACUGGCUGAGGGGCAAGGCGGAAGUCAAUCAAGAGACUAUUCAGCGGCUCCUUGAGGAGAAUGACCAGUUGAUCCGCUGUAUUGUGGAGUAUCAGAACAAGGGCCGCGGGAACGAGUGCGUCCAGUACCAGCAUGUGUUACAUAGAAAUCUCAUUUAUUUGGCUACCAUUGCAGAUGCCAGUCCAACCAGCACUUCAAAAGCAGUGGAAUAAUCUUUCAAAAGCAAUAGAAUAAUCUUGCAUUUGGCUGUCGUGAGGAGUAAUUGAAUGUAAUCCAUCUCUUACAAAAUGGAGACAGGGUCUUUACCAACUCAACUGGUUAAAACAUGAAUGAAACCUCUGUGGCUCUUUCAAAACAUGUGAAAAUGUGAAGAAAGUUACUAAAUUAACUGUAUUCUCAAUGUAAUUAUUUUUUAAAUAAUUAAGCAAAUACCUCAAUAAGUUGAGCCCAGGUGUCCUCUUUCCUGAGCUUAGAGCAUGUUUGGAUAACAAAGACAUCACUGGGAUGUUCAAGUCUACUUUUUAGCUUCAACCUGAAGAGGAAACUGAGUAGGUGUUGGGCAGGAAUUGGUGAGACUCCUGACUUGAGACCUUGCUAAAUGGACAUGUAACUGUGUGCUCCUUCCUACCAGUUUGUAAAUGUGGUCCCCCUGACUGCUGUUUUCAGAUUGCUUUGAAAUAAAGGUUAUUUUUCUAUAAAAUACUGAUGUGGAGGUAUAGAAGUUUUCAUGUAAUAAGUAUUCCAUUUGGUUUUCAAGAAUAACUGUGAGGACUUAACCGUAAAGUAUAUAACAACAAUACUAUUAUCAUUGCCAACAAAAUGAAUAGUGAUUUCUAAUUAUUAUCUAAUAUCAUCUGAUAAUAGAUGAUGUUUAAUUUUCUUCAGUUAUCAGAUAAUGUAUUUUUGUUGAUUUGUCUGAACCAGAAUCCAAAUAAGAUUCACAUUGUAUUUUGUUGAUGUUCCUUUAAGUCACUUAAAGAAUAAAUAGUUCCUUUUUUUCUUUGUUGAAA